GCGCCUGUGGCGUUGCGCGCACGAAUCGUCCCCUGCCGACGGGAAGCCGGGGCAGCAGCCGGUGGGCGGGGAGAAGCGCGCCCGGGCCGCGGCGGAGGAGAGGCGAAAAUGAAUGAGUGGGCGCCCAUAGCGAAAGAGUAUGACCCCCUUAAAGCAGGGAGCAUUGAUGGCACAGAUGAAGAACCCCAUGACCGUGCCAUAUGGAGGGCCAUGUUGGCACGGUACGUACCCAAUAAGGGGGUUACGGGAGAUCCCCACCUCACUCUGUUUGUAGCAAGACUGAAUUUACAAACCACAGAGGAGAAGCUGAAGGAAGCCUUUUCCAGGUAUGGAGACAUUAGGAAGAUUCGUCUGGUUAGAGACUUGGUCACGGGUUUUUCCAAGGGCUAUGCGUUUAUAGAGUACAAAGAGGAACGAGCUCUCUUGAAAGCCCAUAGAGAUGCCAACAGGCUGGUUAUUGACCAGCAUGAGAUAUUUGUGGACUUUGAGCUGGAAAGGACCCUCAAAGGAUGGAUCCCUCGGAGACUUGGAGGUGGUUUUGGAGGCAAGAAGGAAUCCGGGCAGUUGCGGUUUGGAGGGCGGGACAGGCCUUUCCGAAAGCCCAUCAAUUUGCCAACUAUGAAAAGCGACUUCUAUGGAGAGGGGCCAGUGGAGAAAAGAGAAAGGAGCUGGUCUCGUGAGGGAGCGAGGGACUGGAGAGCGAGGGACCGAGACCCCGAAAGGAACCGAGAUAAGAGAUGGCUGGAAAGGGAGAGAUCGUGGGCUUGGGGUGAAAGCAACCGGGAGAGAGAGCGGGAUUCCAAAGAGGAAAGGAGCAGAGGAAGAGACAGGAAGGACAGAGAGAGAAAAGACAGGGAAAGAGACCGGAGCAGGGAGAGAGACCCUAAGAAGCAGAGAGAUGAUGACAAACAUCGGUAGAAGAAAGUGCCUUUAUUACAGAUAAGAUGAACAUCCAUGAACUGUGGGGAAGUUUACAGCCAGACCCCUCCAAAACGUACUGAUUCAUACAACCCUGAACUGUGGUCAGGUUCUAAUCCAGGCCUGGGCCCGCCUCUGGCUUAAGAAAGCUAUAGGAACAGAUUCAACCCGUGGCUUUGCUGCGUGCUUCUAACCUGCAACGAGCCCUGCUAAUCUCCUGGAACUAGAUCCUGAGCAGGUGUAAAGUUGGAUAGAGCCACUGUCUUCAGCAAAGCUGCACCAGCCGAGCAGCUGACCCAUUGUCUCUGGUUUAUUGUCCUUCAGGUAAUUUCUAUGGUGGUUUUGCCAGAAAGAGGGGACAAUAACUCCUGCAGUAACCUGUACCUGUGCUGAGUUGUGGAUCUCUUAUUUACAGAGCUUUUGUUCUCUGUCUCAUGUAUUAUGUGGUAUUUGCCCUUUCUUUGGUUUGAUUCCCCACCCCCACCUUCUUAAAUUUAAAAUAUUCUUUGUGUGCAAGCAAAUCUUCCUGUGGGUGUAUUCUAACUAUGUGGUGACUGCCUCCUUUCCUUCCGGAGGCAGGACUGUAGCAGGAUUCCCUAACAUGGUUCAAUUAUACAGGCAAGGACAACAUCUCUUAUAAACAGGAGAGAGCCCCAGUUCUGUUAUGACAUGAUCCCCCUUACUCAGUAGUUUACCUCUAUAGCUGGGCCCUUAUACUGCGUUAGAUUCAGCAUAGCCCUCCCCAGCUCAUGCAGCUUGGAACUGAGAGAGCUGCAGCUGGCAUUGGUAUCGUAGUCCCAGACUUCCAGAUAUUGACAGGAGUCCUACAGGAAAAAGAGGAGAGCCAGAACUGGGCAUUCACAGCAAAAGUGUUAGAAGGCAGAUCUUAGGACACAUCCAAUUAUUUUAUUUCUUGCUCUUCAGAGGUUUUCUUUACGCAAAGUCUCACUAAUGUGUUUUAUAGAGCGGGGUGGAGGGGUAGCAGGAUCUGGGAAAUAACGAAAGCAUUGGAAAGCACAGAGUAUUGCAUUUACUGCAUCUGAUGGUAUUGGGCUCUAUGUAGUUCCAUUUCUAAGAACAUUAAGGAACCAGUAAUCACUGUUUGCUGUGGGUUCUCUAUUAUACUUUGCUGCGGGGAGACCCAGUGGAAUGUACAAGUUGUAUGUACCUAUGAAAAUAAAAAUGAAAUGUUCAAAAAAAAUUUUAACCACA